GUGAGUGAGUGAGUGUUUGUUUAUGUGUGUGUGUGUUUGAGAGAGGGAAAGAGAAGUGAUGAGGUAGCGGGCAAUCUGUAUCAUUACCUGGAGAACUGCAUUCAUCGUUUGAUCAUCUUUAAUAACAGCGAGAGGUUUAUCAUAUAUCAGGCUGCUGCGGCCUGUCAUGCAUGAAAACGAAUGGAGACCUAGUUUGGACCUUCUUAAAACCAGAUAGAUAAUCUGAAGGGGAACGGACAGCCCUGCGCUCCAGACCAGAGGACCAGUACAGCACCAUGAACUGUAACAUUGAUGGAGAUAUGGAGAAUCAAGUUGAACAAGAGGAGAGGACAAGACUCAUAAACCAAGUGCUGGAGCUUCAGCACACACUUGAGGAUCUUUCUGCACGUGUGGAUGCGGUGAAGGAAGAGAACCUCAAGCUCAAAUCGGAGAACCAGGUUCUUGGGCAAUACAUCGAGAACCUCAUGUCCGCCUCCAGUGUCUUCCAGACCACCGACACCAAAAGCAAACGAAAAUAAGUGACCAUGUGGAUCAUGGCUGCAUAGUCUGUCAUCUCUUCCCAACAUUCAAACUAAUAUCCAGUACAUCUAAGCUGCUGUUUGUUUUGUCUGUUUAUUUUUUUAUUUUGUUUUACAGUAUACUGAUGCAUCUAUCAGCAUGGUAUGGGUAAUACUUGAAUGGACUUGAAUGGAACUGUGUUAUGAGGUGUGUAGGGAUGCAUGAUGCGUUUUGUGAUCAGAAGUAGAGUACUACCACAAGGUGUGAUGUAUUACUGGUAUUUUAGCAAGUACAUACAUUAGCAACUUAACUGACUUAUAAUAUUCAACCUUUUCAAAUACGACAGAGACAGAGUCUGGUUUUGAGAAGUAUUAUAAAGGAUUAAUACGCUGAUAUAUUUUUUUCAGCUGUGCUUUUUGCUGUUCAUUACAAAAAGCAAGACACUAAAGCACAGACUCAUGCAAUUUGCAUUAUGUUGUACACCAAUAUGUUCCCAGAUAUGACAACAUGUGAUAUCCCAUGAUUUUUUUAUUUUUUUUUUAAAGACAAGUGCAUGACUCUGAGCUAUGUCAAUAAGAAGGAUGGUUCUCUAAAUGACAGUGCCAAUAAUCUAAACUAGUGUCUAACAUGGCCCAUUCAUCAUUUAACUUGUUUUAAAUCAUACUGCCUCAGAAAAUUGUUACAUUUUAAAGGAAUAUCCAGGUUCAGUACAAUAUGCUCUAUCCAUGCUUUUGAUCACCACAGAAAAUAAUUUGAUACAAAAAUGUGUUGACAGUUAUGGACUUACAGUGGAAGUCUAUGAGGCAACUGAUGUACACUUGCCCCAUAGCCGUCCAUUAGAAGUGAAAAACUUGUGUUUAAUGGAAGGUUCAAUACAAGUUAAGCUCAACUGACAGCAUUUGUGGCAUAAUGUUGAUUACCACAAAAAAUAAUUUGAACUCAUCCCACGUUUAUUUUAAAAACCUCUAAAAUCGAGGUUAUAAGUUACAUUGGAAGUGAAUGGGGCUAGUCGAUAAACAUUAAAAUACACCGUUUCAAAAGUAUAAAUGCAAAACAAAAAUAAUAUGUUAUAAAAACAUUUUGUAACGUGUUAAAAUUGCUUUUACCAUAUUUUUGUAAAAUCAUGACUCAUUUUACAAUUUAGUUGUCAUGACAACGAAACCCUAUAAUCCCAGGAUUGGAUAAAACUUUACACAGAAGAGGUAAGUGGAUUUAUCACACUAAAAUCAUGUUAACAUGUAUAAUGUUUACAUAUUGUGGCUAUACUUUUAAAAUGUUGUGUAUUUUUACAUUUAUGGACCAGCUCCAUUGACUUCCAUUAUAAGUGCCUUACUGUAACUGCGAUUUUGUUUUGUUUUUUCUUUAAGAAAUGAAGGGUUAGUCGAUUUUUUUUUUUUUUUUUUUGGUAAUCAACAUUAUACCACAAAUGCUGUCAAUUAAGCUUAACUUGUACUGAACCCUGAACAUUCCUUUAACCCAGAACUUUCCUUUUAAAAGUCUGCAGAAUCUGCAUUCUUGGAUGUUCUAAGAUUUUCUGACUAGUGCACAAAUCUGACUGGCAUCUUUUGAUUUGGAUCAAUAGAUUGAAAUCGCACACAGUGUAAACUGCUGUGUUGUUUUCGAGUUUACUCUUCAUGGUUUAAUCCUUUGGAUGGAGGGACUUAAAAUGGACAAAGAAAUGGACCAUCCGGCUUCUAUGUUUUUAAAAAAGAAGGAAAGUGAGUUGGGACUGCUGAGUGUAAUUGAUCUGUGCUCUGAAGUGAUCUGGAAGCCUUCUGCUGGUUGAGUGACAUUUAUGAGUACAAAUGCUCUGCUUUUUGCUUGGAUUUUGCUGAUGUCAGUCUUCACUCCGUAUGAA